AUGGCUCUGUGGUUACUUUUAGUAGCAACGUUAUCAUCGGUCCUCUGUGGCAGCUGGGCACAGCAAGAGGGAAGCGUAUGCAUCAAGGCAAAUGCACAGUCAUGUGGGGAAUGCAUCCAGGUGGCCGAGACGUGUGGCUGGUGUGCAGAUGAAAACUUCCUCACAGUGGGUGAGUCCAAGUCGGCCCGCUGUGAUGAUCUGGAGUCCCUGAAGAAGAGGAAUUGUGCAGUGACCAAAAUUGAGAACCCACGCGGCAGCGUCAGUAUCGACAAGAACAACCCCGUCACCAACCGCAAGAAGGACGGGUCUGAGAAACUGAAGCCUGAGCAGAUCACCCAGAUCCAGCCCCAGAAACUCACCCUGACACUCAGAUCUGGUGAGCCCCAGACUUUUGAGCUGAAGUUCAAGCGUGCAGAGGACUACCCCAUCGACCUGUAUUACCUUAUGGACCUCUCAUUCUCCAUGAAAGAUGAUUUGGAAAACGUCAAGAACCUUGGCACAGACCUCAUGAGGGAAAUGCAGGAGAUUACCUCAGACUUCAGGAUCGGUUUUGGCUCCUUUGUGGAGAAGACGGUCAUGCCUUACAUCAGCACCACGCCAGCUAAGCUCAUCAAUCCGUGCACUGGGAACCAGAACUGCACCAGUCCCUUCAGCUAUAAGAACGUCCUGAAGCUGACAGACAAGGGGGACGAGUUCAAUCGCUUGGUCAGUCAGCAGCAGAUCUCCGGGAACCUGGACUCUCCAGAGGGCGGCUUUGAUGCCAUCAUGCAGGUGGCCGUCUGUGAGAACCAAAUCGGCUGGAGGAACGUGACUCGUCUGCUGGUGUUUUCCACUGAUGCUGGUUUCCACUUUGCUGGAGACGGCAAACUGGGUGGCAUCGUGCUGCCCAACGAUGGGAGGUGUCACCUGGAGAACAACGUGUACACCAUGAGCCACUACUACGACUACCCCUCCAUCGCCCAUUUGGUUCAGAAACUGAGUGAUCACAACAUCCAGACCAUCUUUGCCGUCACUGAAGAGUUCCAGCCUGUUUACAAGGAGCUGAAAAAUCUCAUUCCUAAAUCAGCUGUUGGUACGCUGUCCUCCAACUCCAGCAACGUGAUCAAACUCAUUAUUGAUGCCUACAAUUCUUUGUCAUCUGAGGUCAUUCUGGAGAACGGCAGGCUGCCAGAGGGAGUCUCCAUCACCUACAAGUCCAUCUGUAAGAACGGUGUGGAGGGAACGGGGGAGAACGGCAGGAAGUGCUCCAACAUCUCCAUUGGAGACGAGGUGUCUUUCAAGGUUUCCAUUCAAUCCGAGAAGUGUCCGUCGCAUGGCAAGACUGAAGUCAUUAAAAUCAAACCACUGGGCUUCACCGAGGAGGUGGAGAUAGUUCUGAACUUCAUCUGCGACUGUCAAUGCGCAACAAAAGGAGAGCCCAACAGCGAGAAGUGCUACGAAGGCAACGGGACCUUCGAGUGCGGAGCCUGCAAGUGUAAUGAAGGGCGUAUCGGGCGUCUUUGCGAGUGCAGCAAAGAUGAAGUGCGGACAGAGGACUUGGAUGCCAACUGCCGCAAAGACAACGGUACAGAUAUCUGCAGCAACAACGGCGACUGCGUCUGUGGCACCUGUGAAUGCAAGAAGCGGGAGAACCCUGCAGAGAUCUACAGUGGCAAGUACUGCGAGUGUGACAACUUCAACUGUGACCGCUCCAACAACAAGCUCUGCGGAGGGCAUGGGCGUUGUGAGUGCAGGAAGUGCAUCUGUGAUGCUAACUACACAGGCAGUGCCUGCGACUGCUCCCUGGAGACGGCCAGCUGCCUCGCCAAGAACGGGCAGAUCUGUAACGGCCGCGGUACCUGCGAGUGUGGCAUCUGCAAAUGUACCAACCCCAAAUUUCAGGGUCCAACCUGCGAGGUCUGUCCCACCUGCCCUGGCGUCUGCGCUGAGCACAAAGACUGUGUGCAGUGCCGAGCGUUCGAGGCCGGUGAGAAGAAGGAUACGUGCGAGCGGGACUGCAGCUACUUUCAUCUGAUCAAAGUAAAGGAUCGCAACAACCUGCCGCAGCCUACAGACCAGAGCUUCCCCCUGACUCACUGCAAAGAGCGAGACGCCAACGACUGCUGGUUCUACUACACCUACGCCAUCCGGAACGACACCAAGGAGGUCUACGUGAUGGAGCUACUGGAUUGCCCGGCGGGACCUGACAUCAUCCCCAUCGUGGCGGGCGUGGUAGCAGGCAUCGUGCUGAUCGGCCUCGCCCUGCUGCUCAUCUGGAAGCUGCUCAUGAUCAUCCACGACCGCCGCGAGUUCGCCAAGUUUGAGAAGGAGAAGAUGAACGCCAAGUGGGACACGGGCGAGAAUCCCAUCACAAAGUGCCGUCGACUGUCGUCAAUCCAAGUACGAGGCAAAUGAUCAGCUUUGCCUUCCUUGUGACAACACUGUUGGAAUAUGGAAAAGUAAAUGGGGGGGGGGGGGGGGGAGGGUUUUUAUAAUGAUCUCACUGUUUGUUGUAGUCACCAAAUGAUAGCAUUGUGCAUUUUUGCCACUAUUUUGGUUGUUUUCUAACUUGUUUUUAUUUGCUAUGCAUCAUCUGAAUUGUGUACAGUCUGUAUAAAUACAUGGGGUGGGGGGGGGUUGCAAUUUUACAUUUUCUUUUUUUUAAUCGAACCAUCAAGCCAUCAGUGUCUGAAUCGGAUGUUGAUAAUGGGCAACAGAUGAAGUGUUCCUUUCCAAAUAAUAGUGUGUACACCGUUGAGUGGGUGACACUCUGUCAGUCGAUGUCUCAAACACCGGGACCAGAGGUCUUCAGAGCAAAGAUCUGAUUGGCUGUGUAGGGCUGGGCGAUGCGGACAAAAUCAGAUGUCACCAUGUUCUUGAGCGAAUACAUCGAUGUCCAUAUUGCGGCGAUAUUGUCGGGUCGACAAUUGGUGCUCUCACUACAUAUUUAAUUACAGUGACAUUUUAGAUAAGUAAUCAUCAAUCAUGUGGUAAACAGUUUCAAGUGAAAUUAUACAAGGGGGAAAAAAAAUUCCCAGCUACAUACUGUGUUUACUACUACGUGCACAGAAAUAGUGUAAUAGUAAAACAUAUCCGCAGUUCUUCAAAUAAUAUCCCCUCACAAUGUUUCGCGACAGAUUUUCCGAGGAAAUGGAGUUAGUAUGUGCUCGUUGUGAUUAAUUUAAACACCGUAAUUAUGGAUUACGAUACCGUGAUAGAUGAUUUUAUUGAAAGACGAUGAAUGAUCACAUUGAAUCAUCGCCCUGCCCUAUGUGUCUGUAAUCCUUUGGACUGAGUUGGUGUCUGUCACGCUUUUUAAAAAUGUCUUUGGAUUGAAACUCUUCAAACGUAGCCCGUUUGGUAGCAAUGAAAUGUGUACAGUAUGUUUGUGUUUCUGCGUUAAGCCAUAUAUGUAUUCACAGAGCAGCAUUAAGGUGUGUCUUUCCUGAGUGACUUACUCCAUUUGAACAAUCAGUUGAAAUGUAUCUUUUGUCUAGAGAAGAUAUGGCUGGCUGCCUUUCUAGACUGAAGGCCAUCCGUGUACAGUAGUAUGACGUGUUGGCUCCAGCUUUUAGUUUCAUUCAAAGUCAACUCAGGUCCUCAAAUCUUUCACAGCAACGCCAAAUACAUGAAGCCUGCCUUAUAUCAACUGAAUUUGCUUUUAUUGAAAAUGCCUUGUUUUUUUUAUUUGGGUUGGAAAAGGGUCUCGCUUUUUUCCUGUGGUGCCUCGAUCAAACUUUUUUUUUUUUUUUAUUAUUAUUGAAAAGAAAUGGGAAUGACAGUGGUAAGGGAAUGAUUUCUGGAUCUGUUAAAGUUUAGGUUUUUGUAAAAAAAAAAAAGGUUACCCAUGUCACCAAUGUUUUCUUAAGUGCCUUUUUAAAAAAAAUGUUUUUAAUUUCAACACAUUCACAUUUGCAAUUCUGUAUUUCUAAAGUUAUUUAUUGAAUAAACAUUGAAAACC